CGGUUGCCUAGGCUUAAUUUUGGCUCAUAUCACCCCCCAUAGCGCACAUUUUCAGGUGACGGCUAUGCAAAAAGUCUACAGCUUGGUGCACGCGAAGGAACUGCGCAAGCAACCAGCCGUUUUAUGACAGCAAUUGCUACACUAGUUUGUAAAGAUAAAAUGACCAACUGAUAUACCAAAUGGUUUCUUCAGCUGCACAAAUAAUUCCCUCUUCCUCAAAAUAACGAACAGUUGGCAGCAACACUAAUUCUGUAGCUAACUAGCUACUACCACGUUCUAACUAAUUUGUUGCACGUUUUCAUUAUUUAUCGCAAUGUCGGACACUUUAGGGGACGGAAAGUUGGAGCUGAAACAAGCCAGCAAAGAAGUAAAGGAGAGCGAGAACGUGGCGGAAAAAUACUCAGCCAUGACAGUGAGCAAGAACAGCGAAAUUGUCAUGGGUGAACUGUCAGUGUCGUCCGCUGCGUUUAGUGCGGUCCCUGCUCACAAACCUGUCAAAAAGCAAAUCCAGUUUGUGGAAGACAAGCAAGAGUUCAGCAGGUUUCCUACCAAGGCAGGACGACGCUCCCUGUCUCGAUCGAUCUCUCAGUCAUCCACCGACAGCUACAGUUCAGCUGCAUCCUACACGGACAGCUCUGACGAUGAAACUUCACCACGGGACAAAACACAGCUCAAUUCCAAGGGCACCAACGACUUCUGUGUGAAGAACAUCAAACAGGCCGAAUUUGGUCGCCGCGAGAUUGAGAUUGCAGAACAAGAUAUGUCAGCAUUAAUCUCGCUCAGGAAGAGAGCCCAGGGAGAGAAGCCACUUGCUGGGGCUAAAAUCGUUGGCUGCACUCACAUCACCGCCCAGACUGCAGUGUUGAUUGAGACUCUGGUGGCACUGGGGGCCCAGUGUCGCUGGACAGCCUGUAACAUCUACUCCACACAGAACGAGGUGGCAGCUGCCCUCUCAGAGAUCGGUGUGGCUGUUUUCGCCUGGAAGGGGGAAUCGGAGGAUGACUUCUGGUGGUGUAUCAACAAGUGCAUCAACAUGGAGGGGUGGCAGCCUAACAUGAUCCUUGAUGACGGAGGGGACUUGACUCACUGGGUGUAUAAGAAAUACCCCAACAGCUUCAAGAAGAUCAGGGGCAUUGUGGAGGAGAGUGUGACUGGGGUCCACAGGUUGUACCAGCUGUCCAAAGCAGGCAAGCUGUGUGUGCCAGCCAUGAAUGUAAAUGACUCUGUGACAAAGCAGAAGUUUGACAACCUCUACUGCUGCAGAGAGUCUAUCUUGGAUGGCCUGAAGAGGACCACAGACGUGAUGUUUGGAGGAAAGCAGGUGGUUGUCUGUGGUUAUGGAGAGGUUGGGAAAGGUUGCACUGCCGCACUGAAAGCCAUGGGAUCCAUUGUCUACGUCACAGAGAUUGAUCCCAUUUGCUCCCUGCAGGCCUGCAUGGAUGGCUUCAGGGUGGUCAAGCUUAAUGAGGUCAUCCGUCAGGUGGACAUCAUCAUCACAUGCACUGGGAAUAAGAACGUGGUGACCAGGGACCAGCUGGACCGUAUGAAGAACGGCUCCAUCGUGUGCAACAUGGGACACUCCAACACUGAGAUUGACGUGGCGAGCCUGCGGACCCCAGAGUUGACCUGGGAGAGAGUGCGCUCUCAGGUGGACCAUGUCAUCUGGCCUGAUGGCAAGAGGGUCAUCCUGCUGGCCGAGGGUCGUCUUCUGAACCUCAGCUGCUCCACAGUUCCCACCUUCGUCCUGUCAAUCACAGCCACGACCCAGGCUCUGGCUCUUAUUGAGCUGUACAAUGCUCCAGAGGGCCGCUACAAACAGGAUGUCUACUUGCUUCCCAAGAAGAUGGAUGAGUAUGUUGCCAGCCUGCACCUGCCCACCUUUGAUGCCCACCUAACGGAGCUCUCAGAUGAGCAGGCCAAGUACCUGGGCCUCAACAAGAAUGGCCCAUUCAAACCCAACUACUACAGGUAUUAGCUUGCAUGAACGGACCACAACUCUGCACUCCUUGACUUGGACAUGGCCUGGAUGACCAGAAGAUAAUGAAAUAUAUAUUUCGUUUUUUUAGAGACACUUCACUUAAAAAAAAAAAAAGUUUCAAAUUAAGCUCCUAUUCCUUCAUUUUCUACAGUAGGUGUUACCCUGUUUCACUUGCUGUUUUGUGUGUUUAGUUUCACCAUUAGUUCUGUAAAUACACACUCUAAGAAACCAACAUACAGGACCCCACUGGUCAUCAAUGACCAAUUGAAAGUACAGCACCUAAACUCUGCUGUCUGCUUGAGAUAUAUAUACACGUCGGUUUUAAUUCCCACUCUCCAGUAGAAUAGACAUUUUUCUGAUGUUUUAUUUGUAGUUUUAUAGAUCUUUAUUAUUGUGCCAAUUGAUUGUGUAGGGAAGGGGAUUGUUGUAAUUGAGAUUUAUAUUUUCUGUCUGCAUUGAUGUCGCUCUUCUCAAAUAAUUACAUUCCAGCCAAGGGAACAGGGAGAAAUGGCCUCCACACUAGAAAGACUCAACCUCAAUGUUCCAUUUAAAGACAUUGUCACGUUUCCUGCUGGACCAUGUGUAUACCCAUAUAGAUGUUACCUACCAGCUUGUCAUUUUACUGAUCUCUGAUCUCUAUCUCUCUUCCUCUGAAACAGAACUGAGGUUUGAUUGAAAAUAUGAGUACCUGUACUGACUGUACUGUAUUGGGGCGGCAGGUAGCCUAGUGGUUAGAGCGUUGGGCCAGUAACCGAACGGUUGAUAGAUCAAAUCCCAGAGCG